AUGCCCGGCUACGUCGAGUCCAGCACGGCCGACGCCAUCGCCUGCUACACGCGGCGCCACAAGGACCUGGCAACCGGGGCGGCCAUCGAGGCGACACCGAGCGAGCCGAAGGUGCCGCUGCGCGUGAAGGCGAACCUCGUCGACGGGUUCUACGACCGCUGGACGAUGGAUCAGUGCUAUCACUCCAAGACCGGCGAGGCCAGCCACUGGCUCCUCCUCGACUUCGGGAAGCCAGCGACGUUCCGCCUGGUGAAGAUCUUCGUGCAGGCGAAGGGAGACUUUGCAGUGGUGAACGCCGCGAAGAACCUGGAGGUGAGGAUCGGGACGGAGGCCGUCAGCGCUCCGGGGGACUUCGGUUCGUACGCGCAGUUCGGCUUCUUCGUCGGUCCUGCUUCUGCGUUCGGCGAGGAAAUCGUCGUCGAGAGGCCGACGCCCGUCAGGGCCAGGUUCGUCUCGGUUCAGAAGAUAAAUGAUCCAGAAAAUGUUCAGUUCUGUCACAUUGAGGUUUAUUAG